GUUGACUUUUUGAAGGACUUUGGAUUAUUUCUGAGGAGAGUUUUAUUUCAUUUAUUUGUUUUUAUUUGAUUGGAAGUGUUUCUGUUACUUGUCUUUUUUUCUUUUCUUUCUUUCUUUUCUUUUGUUUUCAUCUUUUCUUUUCUUUUUUCCUCUCAUUGUGUAGGAGAUUCUUCAGGAUAUUUUCGAUGGCUCACAUGGGCGAAAGACGAGCCUUGGGCCGCUCCAGAUCCGCUGCUGCUUUCACCCAGAUGGCUGCUGGUCAGGAGGUUGGAGGACAGUGUGGUGACCACAUCCAGAAAACACUGUCAAACCCAACCCAGCCAUGGAGUCCAGAGCUGCCCGGCUAUAUCGCUCCUCUGCCUUCUGAGUCGACUCAAAGGAAGAGGAAGCGGCAGAGCUUGGAGGAUGAAGAUCCCUCCACCUCAUACGAGAGACCCGCCAAACGCUCUCGUGAAGAUUCAUAUAUAAAGGGCCCAAUGCUGGGUCAAGGUGGAUUCGGCUCUGUGUUUGCUGGGACCCGCAGCUCUGAUGGAUUGCCAGUCGCCAUCAAGUACAUCACUAAAGACGAGGAGCACGAGGACAUUGAAGUUGAAGGUCAGGGUCUGCUGCCGCUGGAGGUCGCGUUGAUGACCUGGGUCAAUUCGGCUCCUGCCUGUCCCAAUGUCCUGAAGCUGCUGGAGUGGUUUGAACAUCCCGGCCGCUACGUCAUGAUCCUGGAACGCCCGGAUCCUUGCCAGGAUCUCCACAGUUUCUGUGAGGAGAACGGUUGUCUGGAUGAGAGCCAGGCCAAGAAGGUGCUCAUGCAGCUCAUCAACGCUCUCAAACACUGCGAGAGCCGCGGCGUCUUCCACCGGGAUGUCAAGCCACAGAACCUGCUCAUUUGCACAGACAGCAAUAAGAUCAAGCUGCUGGACUUUGGCUGUGGACACCUCCUGAAGGACUCGGAGUAUAAAGAGUUUGCAGGCACUCUUUCAUUCGCCCCUCCGGAGUGGUUUCGUUCCCACAGCUAUCGUGCAGGACCAGCUACUGCUUGGUCACUGGGUGUGACGCUAUACCAGCUCCUGUGUGGUUCUCUACCUUUCAGAAACGCACGGAGGGUUCGCAGACUGCACUUCCCUAGACACCUGUCUGCAGAUUGCCGUCAGUUGAUCAGAUGGUGUCUUAAAGCAGCAGCGGACGACCGUCCCAGCUUACAGGACAUUGAGCAGCAUCCCUGGUUACAGUCAACAGAGAAGAAACGAAGCCUCACAGAUUUGGAAAUGAGGGUUUUGGAUGUGAGGAUGUGGAUAGAGAAGAGGUUGGAACGUCGGCUGUGGAAAGGCGUCAGGAGACGACAGGUGCUGGGUCUGGGUGUGAUGCACAACUUAAGGUCUGCCUAG